CCGACUGGUUUUACCAGUGUUGUUCUCCUCUCAUUCCUGGGGUUUCUCAGCCAGCUUCAACUCUGCUCUCCAUGUGUAAGCUAGCUGGCCUCCAACGGGGGCCAGACUCCAGGCUGCCAGAGCAGAGCUGCGUACACUCCCUCGCAGUCCCGAAGCACCUCCACUUUUCACAGCUUCUCCGAACCCGUGUCUCAUUAGUGCCUCCCACGCUCCUCCAAGGCGCUGGGACCGCCGCCCUCCCUCCUCGUUAGGAGGAUGAGCGAACGCAGUGCUGAGCCUCAGGCAGCGACGCAGCCAGAUGCAAGCUGGUUCUCUGGGAAUUCUCUCUCCAGGAAGAGCGUGGAGAAGAGGGAAGGAGUUGAAUUUCUUUGGAAAACACAGGGGCCUUAUGAGAGAGUCAAGUUCCUUCAUUGUAAAGCGACGCGUUGCAGAUAGAAUUUUGUAUCGUUCACUUCCUAUAUUGCCGCAUCAACACUGAGUAAACUUGUUGGUAUAAUCUCUUAAAUACAUGUCAUUCCUCCCCUAAAAAAGAACGGUGCUGCGUAGACCCCACAGCAUUUUGAGUGCCUUCUGAGUGCCCUGCAGAAGAGCAGUGCUGGUAACUCAACUCCCGGUCCUAUGUGACCCUCACCACAGGCCUGAGAGUAGAUCUGAUCAUCCCUGUGUCACCGGUGGGGACACCGAGGGGCAGGACAGUUGAGAUGGGCUGUUGGCCGUCACUGCAGGGAGCAGCGUAGGAGGAAGGGUCUAACUGCAGGCUCGGUUUUAGGUCAGACGGGUGGGGCCAUUAGACCUGGGGACAGACCGUGUGAGGGAGGGACUGUGGUCUAGGCGCCUCUGCUGUCCCAGGCCAGCAAGUCAGGGGAGCAGCGUCCUGCUGGGAUGAGCGUGUGGCAGGAGGGCCAGGGGACACGAGGGGAGACCCAAGCGAAUGUAAGAGGGAAGUCCUGACUGCAGGAGAGGCGGGGAAGGGACCUCGGUGUCCCCAGCGUUCCCAGUGGAACCCCGACCUGAAAAGGCCCCAGAGGAAGGCCAGGAGGAGCCGCCCUCCCCUGGCUCCCGAGGGCGGCGGGGCCAUUGUUCUCAGUCGUGUUUUCACGACUUGGUAUCUCGGCGGACCUCGAGUUGGGUGACUUCUGCCUGUAAUUGGCAUGGGCUGUUUCCAGUUCUGGAGCAUGUGACUGGGCCACUUGCUUUGUGUUUGACCCCUUCCCCCACAUAGACCUCACCCCGCCCCUGCCCCCAGACAUAUAAAAAGCGAUGAUGUGACCCAGGCGCGUUGGGGUGUGUAAAAAUACAUGGGGUUGAGCCAUUUCCUGCUGCUUCCGCUGUUGCGUGUCGAUAAGACACUGAGACUCGGUUGUGGAGAGAGAUCUUCCAACAGGCUGGGGGGAGCCGGCCCUGGAGGACAAGGCUCCAGGCCCACCCGCCCUCUCUGACCUGCGUUUCCCAUCUUUCCUGUCUUCUGUGACCUUCCCUUCCUCCCUGCUCUCUCCCCACCCCCUUAUCAGUCUCUCUUUCCUUCGUGCUAACCCUGACUCACUGAGGGUCAGGGGCCUGCUUGCCUGCUGGCGAGGAAGGGCUGUCAUCUCUUUCCUGCACAUCCAGCCCCUUCCCAGCAGGGCAGCUGGUACCUCUGAGCCCCAGACCGCUGCCUGCUUCCCUCAGCCUGUGGGUUACUUCUGGGACGGAGGAGGCUUCGGGGAGCUGGCCAGCAGGGUGGCAGGGGGCGCUCCCCUCCCAGUUCUGGGAGCCUGGGCAGGGUCGGGCGCUCCCACCAUCAUGAAGCGGAAGAGGUUGCUGACAAUUCCAGUGACCUGGAAGGUUGACAAGGGGGACCUCGUGGGCCUGAGCCUCUCCAGCGGCCCCGGCCAUGGGGACACCGACGGCCCCAUCAGCCUGGAUGUGCCGGAUGGGGCCCCCGACCCUCAUCGGACCAAGGCCGCCAUCGAGCACCUGCACCAGAAGAUCCUGAAGAUCACGGAGCAGAUCAAGAUCGAGCAGGAGGCGAGGGACGACAACGUGGCGGAGUACCUCAAGCUGGCCAACAACGCGGACAAGCAGCAGGUGUCGCGCAUCAAGCAGGUGUUCGAGAAGAAGAACCAGAAGUCCGCCCAGACCAUCGCGCAGCUGCACAAGAAGCUGGAGCACUACCGCCGGCGCCUGCGGGAGAUCGAGCAGAACGGGCCCUCGCGGCAGCCCAAGGACGUGCUGCGGGACAUGCAGCAGGGGCUGAAGGACGUGGGCGCCAACGUGCGCGCCGGCAUCAGCGGCUUCGGGGGCGGCGUGGUGGAGGGCGUCAGGGGCAGCCUCUCGGGCCUCUCGCAGGCCACCCACACUGCUGUGGUGUCCAAGCCCCGGGAGUUCGCCAGCCUGAUCCGCAACAAGUUUGGCAGCGCCGACAACAUCGCCCACCUGAAGGACCCCCUGGAGGACGGGCCCCCCGAGGAGGCGGCCCGGACGCUGAGUGGCAGCGCCACGCUGGUGUCCAGCCCCAAGUACGGCAGCGACGACGAGUGUUCCAGCGCCAGCGCCAGCUCCGCCGGGGUUGGCAGCAACUCCGGGGCCGGGCCCACCGGGGUGCUGGGGAGCCCCAAGUCGAACACCCUGUACGGGGCGCCCGGAAACCUGGAUGCUCCGGUGGAUGAGCUGCGGGAGAUCAAGGAGGGACAGUCGCACCUGGAGGACUCGAUGGAGGACCUGAAGUCUCAGCUGCAGAGGGACUACACCUACAUGACCCAGUGCCUGCAGGAGGAGCGCUACAGGUACGAGCGGCUGGAGGAGCAACUCAAUGACCUGACCGAGCUUCACCAGAAUGAGAUGAGCAACCUGAAGCAGGAGCUGGCCAGCAUGGAGGAGAAGGUGGCCUACCAGUCCUAUGAGAGGGCUCGGGACAUCCAGGAGGCCGUGGAGUCCUGCCUGACCCGGGUCACCAAGCUGGAGCUGCAGCAGCAGCAGCAGCAGGUGGUGCAGCUGGAGGGCGUGGAGAACGCCAACGCAAGGGCGCUGCUGGGCAAGUUCAUCAACGUGAUCCUGGCGCUCAUGGCCGUGCUUCUGGUGUUCGUGUCCACCAUCGCCAACUUCAUCACGCCCCUCAUGAAGACGCGCCUGCGCAUCACCAGCACUGCCCUCCUGGUCCUCAUGCUCUUCCUCCUCUGGAAGCACUGGGACUCCCUCACCUACCUCCUGGAGCACGUGCUGCUGCCCAGCUGAGUGGCCAGCUGGUCCCUACCCCGUGCUCCCCUGGCCCCCAUCUGGCCCUGGCUCUCCAGGAGGGAUCUUGGGACUCCCCACUCCCUUGGACUUUUUCAUGUGUCUGGUUUGGCCUCCUGACCAAACUGUUCAUUCCAGCAGCUCCUGCCCCUUCUCUGUUCUUGCUUCUGUCUGUCACCUUCUCCCUGUUGGCUAGAGGGGGACCUCCAGAGCAGCCCUGGCUGGAGGUGGUGGGGACAUCUGUGGCCAGGUGGCGCAGAGGAGGACAGCGGCAGGGACUGUUUCGAUUGCUUACAUUUGCACAAGGAUGUCUCCCCGCUGACUGGGAUGCAGCCAGGCAGGAAGGCCCGUGAGCACAGGAGCAGGAGAGGGCCGUGCCUCCGCUUCCCCAGGAGCCCACCUGGUGGCCCUCGCUGCUCCCUCUGAGGCUUUGCUGGCCCCAGAGAGAGGGAGGGCCUUCCCAGCCUUGGGCACCUGCUGGGCUGGGCCCGAGAGAAGGUUCGGCCCACCCCUCCUUCCUCCAGAGCUGGUUUGAGGCUGGGUUCUGGGCUGGCCCUUUUGGGAGCUGGAGGAUGCAGGCCCUGGAGGCCUGGUGGGUGUGACCUUGGACUGGAGUUUUCCCUGUUCUUUCUGCCUGUCACUGGAUCUGCUUUUUCAGGGAAACAGGCCCCAGGGGCCCUGAGCCUCAGCCUAAGCCCUUAGGCCCCUGGGGGGGCGCUGGGCUCUAUUUAUUUAUUUAUUUGUUCAUCUGUCCCUGAUGCCUACAGAGCUGAAGCCAGGGCUUAUUCUUGGCUGUCAGGCACUUCCAUACCAUCUCGCCUCUGGAUCAUCCUGGCCGGGAGAAGCGGGCAACGCCACCCAGCCCCUCUCCCAAGCAGCCUUUCGAGCCAGGACAGGAGGAGCGAAGCUUCUCUUUUAUGUGUCUAUUUAUUUUGUGUGUGUGUACUUGUGUGGAGGAGGUUGUUUGUGGCUUUAUUUUUUUAAGGCUCCGGAGUGUUGUGUAUGGUUUCUCUUCACAUCCCAGCCUCCCCGUGAGCACUUCCAGGAAGAGAGGGGAUUUCUCAGAAAAGGAGAGAGAAAUCCCCUAGAACGGGAGGGCAGUGGCUGCCAGCUGUGGACCUUAGGAGAAAUAAAUAGCCUCUAAAUUUUCA